UGGAAAGGAAAGGCUCAUAUCAACAUUGUCGUCAUUGGACAUUUAGAUUUGGGCAAGUCCACCACUACUGGCCAUCUAAUCUACAAAUACGGUGGCAUCGACAAAAGAGCCAUUGAAAAAUUUGAAAAGGAGGCUACUGAGAUGGAAAAGGGCUCCUUCAAGUAUGCCUGGAUCUUGGAUAAACUGAAAGCCGAGCGUGAACGUGGUGUCACCAUUGAUAUCCCCUUGUGGAAAUACGAGAGCAGCAAGUACUACGUGACUAUCAUUGAUGCCACAGGACACAGAGACUUCAUCAAAAACAUGAUUACAGGGACAUCUCAGGUUGACUGUGCUGUCCUGAUUGUCGCUGCUGGUGUUGGUGAAUUUGAAGCUGAUAUCUCCAAGAACGGGCAGACCCAAGAGCAUACCAUCCUGGCUUACACACUAGGUGUGAAACAACUAAUUGUUGGUGUUAACAAAAUGGAUUCCACUGAGCCACCCUACAGCCAGAAGAGAUAUGAGGAAAUCGUUCAGGAAGUCAGCACUUACAUUAAGAAAAUCGGCUACAACCCCGACACAGUAGCAUUUGUGCCAAUUUCUGGUUGGAAUGGUGACAACAUGCUGGAACCAAGUGCUAACAUGCCUUGGUUCAAGGGUUGGAAAGUCACCCGUAAGGAUGGCAACGCCAGUGGAACCACGCUGCUUGGGGCUCUGGACUGCAUCUAACCACCAACUCGUCCAACCGACAAGCCCUUGCACCUGCCUCUCCAGGAUGUCUAUAAAAUUGGUGGUAUUGGUACUGUUCCUGUUGGCCGAGUGGAGACUGG